UUCUGAAACUCGGACGAGUCUUUGUUGUAAUGGUUCUUUUUGCAAUUUCUUCCCCUGACCCGCAUCUCGCUUGGCCUUUGCUGGAAGGCGCUGUGUGGGGAGACGGUGUGUUUGUCAGCCCUAGGGAAACGGUAGCAGCCAGUCCUUUUCCUUGUUGUUCUGAUAGUACCAGUCUGUUUUGAUGGGAAGAUCCGUCCCUGGAGAGACACUUCAAAGGCCACAGAGAUGCUGUCACUAGUGUGGACUUCAGUCUCAAUAAGAAACAACUGGCAGCUCUCCAUGUCUGGAAUUGGGAGCCCUUUAGAGGAAAGGAUGACCAUUUUACAUGGCAGUUCUGACAGAGGAGAGCCCUCAAGGUGCUCACCUGCAGCUGUCAGAAUGCCUGAACUCUGCAAAGGAGAAUCUACUGCGUUCAAGGCUCAUACAGCAACAGUAAGAAGCGUUCAUUUCUCCAGUGAUGGCCAGUCCCUGGUUACAGCUUCCGAUGAUAAAACGAUCAAAGUGUGGACAGUUCACAGACAGAAGUUUCUAUUCUCGCUUAGUCAACACAUAAACUGGGUUCGCUGUGCCAAGUUCUCUCCUGAUGGACGGUUAAUAGUGUCAGCAAGCGAUGAUAAAACUGUCAAACUGUGGGAUAAAACCAGCAGAGAAUGUAUACAUUCCUUCUGUGAGCACGGUGGGUUUGUGAAUCAUGUGGAUUUUCAUCCCAGUGGUACAUGCAUUGCUGCAGCUGGUACAGAUAACACAGUGAAGGUGUGGGACGUUAGGAUGAAUAGACUUCUCCAACAUUAUCAAGUUCACAGUGCUGUGGUAAACAGUCUUUCCUUUCACCCUUCUGGAAACUAUCUGGUUACUGCUUCCAAUGAUUCAACUCUUAAAAUUCUGGAUUUGCUAGAAGGACGACUUCUGUAUACUCUUCAUGGUCACCAGGGGCCAGCCACCUGCGUAGCCUUCUCAAGAACGGGAGACUCGUUUGCUUCUGGAGGCUCUGAUGAGCAGGUAAUGGUAUGGAAGACUAACUUUGAUGCAGCAGAUUAUGGUGAUGUGCUGAAAACACAGAAGUCUGGCGCUAGUGCGGAUGGGACCCAUCACAAUCUGCAAUCAGAAAUGGACUAUGGUGUUCAUCUUAAGAAAACUAAAACUCAGGAUCCUGGUAGGAACCACCAGCAGCAAGAGGAGGAGACCAUUGCAAAUACUCUGGAACAUAUCGUGGGACAGCUGGAUGUUCUGACUCAGACGGUUUCCAUCCUGGAGCAGAGACUGACGCUCACGGAAGAUAAGCUGAAAGAAUGUCUUGAGAAUCAGCAGAAAAUCAUUCAGAACAAAGUGAACUGACUUUGAGAGAGAGCCGAAGCUGGAGGUGCUUGGAGGUUUGAGGCUUGGUUGUUUGUGCUCUUAACAGACUGUGUGUGACUUGCUUUAAUUAUUGUGAGAGCAACCAGUUUUUGAUUGAAAUGUAUAGUUAUUGCAUCUGUAAAUACAAAGCUUUGUUACUUUACUAAAAUAAAGAGGAUUUUAUUCAUAA